AUGGUCACAUUAAGCUUGCAUGACAGCGCAAAUAACGAGGAUGUUCUAACAUAUUACAUUGAGCUGGAGCCAUCUCUAUCCGUCACUGAGCAAAACCUGGCAGACCGAGUUCGGUACAUCCUGCGCUCCAACAUAUUUGGUGACGCCGAACUCGAACGACUACGACGUGAGGCUGUUCCCUCAUCGGAUGGAAAUGCUACGGCUGGGAAUGCGGCGCCACUAAUUGCGCAGCAAACUGCAAAUGUGGACGCUGCCGUCAAUAUUCCAUUUGUGGUUGAUUCAGACGAUGAUGGAAUAGUCCCCCACGAACUAGAGAAAAUGAGGAGCAUAUUGGAAGAGUCGAUGCUGGAAACGCGCAGCAUGCCUCUCGAAAAUCGACCGCGACUUCCCCGCAUACCCCUUAGCAAGCGAAAUCGGGCUGUCGUGCGGGCUCUUAACCCAAUGCUGGUGACCUAUUUGGAAGCCAGCCGGGACCUUUGCGAGACGGACUCAAUUCUUUUUGGCGCCGCACUGGCAGUAUGCCGUAUUAUUGGCGCCAAACUUCCCAUGGCUGGACGUGCUACUCAACAAGGUAGUGCCAUCCCAGCCUGGAGAAAAAGAAUCGAGGACCGUAUCGCAAAGGCAAGGGCCCUUAUCGGCAGACUGACAAGCUUCAGGUCGGGUAAUAUUAGACCGAGAGUUGUGCGCACCGUUAGAAUGGCGUUUGCUGGGACAAAUAUUAGUUUGUCCCAGCCGGAUAUCACGCAGAAACUAACGGAGCGCAUAGAUGACCUGAAGCAAAAAAUCGCUGCUUGGGGGAAGCGGAUUCGACGAUUUAGCGAGAGGUCAAGGCGGUUCAACCAAAAUCGUCUCUUCCAGAGUGAUCAGAAGAGGCUCUAUAAAUCAUUGGAGCGACCAGAGGUAUGUGGAGCGGGCCCAGGACCGGAUCAGGCUGACACUGUCGCAUUUUGGCGUGGCCUGUGGUCAGAGCCCGUAAACCACAGCGAGGGCCCUUGGAUGGAAGUUGUGGCGAGCCAGAGUGCAAGUGUUACGCCUAUGGACCCCGUCACCAUAACGCCUGAAGACGUGGCUGAGGCGGUCCGUAGGGCCCCGAACUGGAAAAGUCCGGGGCUCGACGGGCUGCAUCAUUACUGGCUGAAGGGGUUCGUAGUGUGUCACGCUGUGCUCGCCCGACAGUAUCAAGAGGCUCUCGAUCAGAAGUCGCUCCCGAGCCUCUUCACUACUGGGAUCACUCACUUGGUUCCUAAAGAUCAGGAUACCACAGACCCGAGCAAAUACCGCCCCAUCACGUGUUCAGUGGUGUCACCAUAG